UGAUAACAAAUUUGAGAGAAAUUGAGGGAUUGUUUUUCUAAUUUUUACUCUAAAAUGUUAUCAAAUUUCCUUUCUUUGAAUGCUUUAAAGGUAAUAAUUUUACCUGACAUUUUUAUAAACAAAACCAUCCAACUAAACCAACAAAGGGUGCCGUUGAACAAAUAAAAGUGAAGAAUUUUGAAAUUUCAUUGAGAAAAAAAGGGAAAUCCCGUGGAAACCUUGAUCACGUAAACGACGGGUAUUUCUUUUCUUGGAUCCUGUGACUGAAAUGCCCAUGAAUUGCAAGCGUCAUUUCUCCAAAACACCCUUGCAGCUCAAAAACGUCAAAGCUUACGCCUUUUCGUAAGAGCUUCCCCUGGUAACCGAAGUUGGUGUAUUUGAGAUGAGUUGAUCUGGUGACCCUGCAAGCCAAAUCUAUAUAUGUAACAUAUAAAAUACGCCAUUUUCAUCCAAAUUCUCGAUCUAAAUUCAGCCAUGGAGGAGCCAGAAAAUACCAUGGUUGAAGUAAGAGAAGAGCUCAUGGUUUCUCCAACAGGCCAAAACCAAAACCCUUGUUUAAGAACAGCCCAUUUUCUCAAACCCAUUUUCAGUCCCCUUGAAAACCCACUUCCCAAGCUUCCUUCCCAACGUCUUUCCUCUCUGGAACAACCUCCUUUUGAGGCCAAAAAUCUACCUUUGAGUAUCAGUUUUCAUGGGUGGAGAUGCAGGGCAAAGAAUUGGUCCACAUGGAUUGACAAGAUGGCUGCUUUACAUGAAUCGACUUGGAAGAAAGCUGGUAUCUAUGAAGCCAUCAUGAAUUCAGCUUACCAGAUCAAGAGAAACAAUGAUUUGGUUCUUGGUUUAGCUGAGAAAUGGUGUUGUGAGACCAAAAGUUUCAUUUUUUCUUGGGGUGAAGCUAGUGUUACACUUGAAGAUGUCAUGAUCCUGGGGGGCUUCUCUGUUCUGGGUUCCCCUGUUUUUACCCCUCUCGAAACUGAAGAAUUGAAGGAAGUAGAAGAGAGUUUAAAGAGUGCAAGAAUUCAAAUUGUUAGAAGCAAAGCUAAAAAGGCUUGCCCUCGUUUGUGGAUGCUAAAAUUCAUGGACACUGGCAGUGAAUUUGAGCAUGAAGCAUUUCUUGCCUUUUGGCUUUCGAGGUAUGUUUUUACCAAUGCACAUGAAACAAUUAGGGAACAUGUCUUCUCUAUUGCAAUUCAUUUAGCCAGAGGGACAAGACUUGCUUUAGCACCUGCUGUACUUGCUAGUAUUUAUAGAGAUUUGUGUUUGUUGAAAGAUGAAAUUACUGCUUCAACUAAAUUGGAGAAAGAAGAGGUGUUUAGGCUUACCAUUUGGUCACCAUUUCAGUUAGUUCAGGUUUGGGCCUGGGAGAGAUUUGUAGAGCUAAGGCCAGAACCAAAUUUGAUAGAAAAGGGUCAGCCAAGGCUGAUUCAAUGGCAUGAUGUUAGUUGCAAGGUUGAGAACGUGAGGUUUGCUCUAGAGUCAGCUGGUGGAAGUUUUGAAUGGCGUCCUUAUGCUAUGCAGAUUGAGAACUGGAAACAACCUAAGUUUUAUAGAGAGAAUGAAGUUUGUAUAUCGAUCACUGCACAUCUUGACAAAGAAUUAGAGUCCUUUGCUCGAUGCUUGAAGGCCAGUGAGCUAGUGGGACUUGAUUGUGUAGAACAGUACCUUCCACAUCGGGUUGCAAUGCAAUUUGGAAUAGAUCAGGAUAUUCCAUGUUGUGUUCAUCGAUCAAAUGAGACUCCUGAAAUUGCCUGGCUCAAUUACUGUGAAUCACUAACUGGUGUGAAAUUAUACAUUCCAUCUCGGCUCUAUAAAGCUGGUGUUACUGUCCAAUACUUGAAGUGGUGGAAGCAGUCAGUGUUGGAGAGCAAAGGCACCGCUAAGGGUUUGAAGAAAUCAGCAAAGAGCCCAAAAGGAGAGAAACAAAGAAAAAGUUCCUCUGGUUGUCCUAGCUUUCAUCAAAAAAUAGAUAGCUUCCGUGGGAAGAUAGAAGCUAAUGAUCCAUCUGUUUCUCCUAAUUGCUCUAUGAAUAGCUCAAAGAAACAAGGAGAUAGUGUCAAUGGAACUAAUAAUGUUGGUGAUUCCCUUUCUUGUUUCCCUCUUAAGAAAUCAAAAUCUGUAUCCCAAAUUUUGGAAGAAAAGCAGGUGGGCAAGAAUGAACCCACUUCUUUUGGUUCUUGUAGGAACUCAAAGAAAUCAGCCAAGAAUCUGAAAGGAAACAAGAAAGGUAAGGAAGAAUCUUCUCCAAGUCUUCCUUUAGGAAGCUCAAAAGAAUCAGCACAAACUUUGAAAAGAAAGGAGAAAGAUGGCAAUGAGUCUGCUUCUCCUUGUUUCAGUCAAAAACUUUUGAAAAAAUCUGCGGAGAGUUCUAAAGGAAUGAAGGAAGAUACUUAUGUGUCUGCCGCUUCAAGAUUCUCUGUUAGAAGCUCUGAAAAAUCAGCAAAGUUUAUGAAAGACAAGGAGGAAGGCAGCAGCGAUUCUGCCUCUCAGGCUUUACCUUCAGUAAAUACGAAGAAAACACCACGGUCUGUAAAAAGAAAGAAGGGAAGCAGUUCCUGUCUUCCUAUUGGUUUCACGCCCAACUUUGUUGGGAAGGAAGCAGAAAAUUCUGCUGAGGAUAAUAACCCAACAAUUGCAGAAAUGAUGAGAUCUUGCAAGAAGCGUAGCAAAAUUGGAACUAAAGAUUGUGAUGAGGAUGGAAACCCAUCUGGCCAUUCUCAAAGUCUUUCAUCAACAGUUGCAGAUGAUGAGGUUAUUAAAUAUUUGAAGCCAUUAGCAAUACUGGCAGAAAAGGUUAUGCAGGAUGAAUCUGUGCUGAGAGGAGUGGGGGGAACUUUUGAGGGUGCCUACAAGGAUCAGAGAGAACUACAGAUGAGGCAGGAGGAAGUUGUGAUGGGAGAAUCAGAAAGAUCACUGAGAGGUGCAAAGGAGGGCAACCCAGAACGUCCAAUUCACAAAAUGCUAAGCAUCAAUGGUGUUGAAGGAGAGUGUACUUGCUAUGCGGUUAACAUACCCGGAUUAACACUUGAAGCUCGGAUUAGCAGGCUUGAGAAACUGGCUGAGGAGCUAAAAGAAAUGAGAUCUGCUUGCAAGUAGUCAGUCUAGCUAUUAGCAUCAAGAUGUACUUUAGCCAAUUUUCCUCUUUCUUUUUCUUUCAUUUUUUUUUAAUUAACCGUUAGAAUAACUGCAUAAGAUUUUAUUUGGUCGGUUUGAUUCAGUGGAAACAAAUACGGUAACAGAACUUGCUAAGCUUUGAUUUAGCUGUACAUUAUAUGUAAAAACUUAUCUUUAUUAAUUGGGAUAAAUUAUGACUGCUAUGACAUGCUGAUGAUCUGAACCUAGUCAUAACGAUGCAUGUCACUUGAAUUCCAGAGGUAUUUUAAAACUUAUUUCACUGUGACACUCUGACUCAUCUUGUUAUCAUGUCACUCAAAAAGGCAAUUUCCCUCUGAUUGAAACAUUGUCAAAUCCUUUUGUAUAUGACAUGUUGCAGUACCUGAUGACAAAAGCUUUUUCUAGGAGAUUUGAAGAUUUAUUCAGUACUUGAUCUCCAUCCUGU